UUCUCGGCACGCGGCGAGCGCUGAGGUACGCCCGGAGUGCGGUCAGUCAGGAGGACACACAGCCGCGCCACAGCACGUCAGCAGGACCCGGAGGACGGGCGGCCCGCAGCCGCACUGCUGAGUCCUCAGCAUGAGGACGAACAAGAUUCGCCCGUUAUGGGCAUUUCUUGCCUGCUGUCUGCUCUACGCCUCAACAACAGACGGUGCCGUGAAGAAGACGCGGAAGCGUGUGGUGUGCUACUACACCAACUGGUCGGUGUACCGGCUGGGCCUGGCCAAGUACCUGCCGAACAACAUUAACCCCCACCUGUGUACGCACCUGGUGUACGCCUUUGGAGGAUUCGACGACGACUUUCAGCUGCAGCCGUUCGACAAGUACCAGGACAUUGAGAAAGGCGGCUACGCGCGCUUCAACGGACUGAAGCAGUACAACAAGGGCCUGAGAACCCUGCUGGCGCUGGGUGGCUGGUCCGAGGGAUCCGGCCGGUUCUCUGAGCUGGUGGCCGACCCCGAGAAUCGUGCGAGGUUCAUCUACAGCGUCCUGCGGUACUUGCGUCAGUACAACUUCGACGGCCUGGACUUGGACUGGGAGUACCCGGGCUCGCGCGCCGGCAGCGACUUCGCCGACAAGGAGAAUUACGCCACGCUCUGCGAGGAGCUGCGCGCGGCGUUCGAGGACGAGUCGCAGAAGACGAACCGGCCGGCCCUGCUGCUGACGGUGGCCGUGCCAGCCGGCGUCUCCACCAUCGAGAAGGGCUUCAACGUGCCCCGGCUCAACGCGUGA